AUAUAAUAUGUGUGUAUGCGCGUACAUACGUGUCUGCGAAAGAUGGAGCGGAAAUUAUCGGAGAAAUGAUAACCGCGACGCGACGUUUUGACGUUUCGAACGAUAAAAAACUUACUUCCGCACAUUUUUGCACGACGCUGCCGAUCUUUCAACGCGCCUCCAACGUUGACAGAUGGAAGCUUUUGAAAAAAAAACUUGCGUCACACGCUCUCGCCGCGCGACUAUUUUUGCGAAAUUUUGCUACUUUUUUCGAAAUUACGAUGACAGAAAAAAGAACGGAAAGAUAAAAACUUUCGACUCUCUUCACGAGCAAGACGUUUAAAAUGCCAGUAUAAUUUUUGAUUUGUGCAUUUUUGAUAUGAUGCGUUGUAUAUUUCGCGUUUCGCACACGAGGUUAUAAAUUGACUCGUGAAAAAAUGUUGAAUAUUAUUGCGAGACCGCGUUUAGGCGAAUUUUUAAAGCAUCUUCAGCGGCAACGAUACAAAAAAUACAACACAACAACUGACACAGCGAAGACUAGGCAGGAAAAUGCAGAGGCCAGACAGAAGGAAAUCAUGGCACGUGGACUUCCUAAACGAAAACGAAUAAAGGGCGUUAAACAAAUUUUGUUAGUUGCGUCUGGUAAAGGUGGAGUUGGAAAAUCAACAACCGCUGUAAAUUUAGCAACAGCCUUGAAAAUUAUUGAACCAAAAAAGUCGAUUGGAUUACUAGAUGCCGAUGUCUUUGGACCUUCCAUACCAUUAAUGAUGAAUAUAUACGAAUCACCUGUGAUAAAUCAAGAGAAUCUUAUGGAACCUCUUGUAAAUUAUGGUGUGAAAUGCAUGUCCAUGGGAUUCUUAAUUGACGAGAAAUCACCGGUAGUUUGGAGAGGCCUUAUGGUGAUGAGUGCAUUAGACAAAUUGGUGAAUCAUGUGGCCUGGGGCUCGCUUGAUUAUCUUGUAAUUGACACUCCUCCUGGAACGGGAGAUACGCAUCUCUCUCUUAUUCAGAAUUUCUUUAUUGCUGGCGCCUUGUUAGUAACAACACCACAAAAGGCUGCGCUAGAAGUGACUAGGAGAGGCGCAAAUAUGUUCAAGAAAUUGGACAUACCUGUUGCUGGGAUUGUGGAAAACAUGAGCACCAUUAUGUGUCCAAAAUGCAUGACUGAGAUUAAUCUCUUUGGCAAAGCCACAUUAUCAUUAGCUAAAGAACUUAAUGUAGAUAUCUUACAGAAGAUACCAAUGCAUGAAAGCAUUGCGGAAAGUUCGGAUAAUGGUAAACCAAUUGUUUUAGCAGCUCCAAAAACUAGACAGGCAGAGGCUUAUAAAGAAUUAGCAGAACAUGUGAUUACAUUUUUGAAUAAGCAAGAAAUACAUGAAGAAUGAUUUUGUAUUCAA